AUGGAUAAAAAGUCAAUGAGGGAUAGAGGCAAGAAGUUGACGCAAUAUAGAAAAUCCAAAGUAAGAUCUGCGAAAGUGCCUCCAAGGUCAGCAAAAGACUAUUCUACUGCAUCGGAGUGCAAGGCAAAUGCCUGCUCAAAUCUUUUCUCCCAGAGUAGCUCCACAAAUUGGACAGCAUGGAUAAAGGGUACCGUACGGAGAGUAGAGAAGAUGCAGCUAGCCAGCAAUAUACAACUAUGUAAUUAUAAACUGCAUGUGAUGAUAGAUAGUACUGUGCCUCCUACGGGUGGUUUUUGGCAAAUGCCAACAAAUAUAACGGGAAAUUCCUAG